AUGGGCAUUGAAAACGAGACAACCAAUGCCAGAUGCACUGCUCUGGAAGGUGAAAUGCGCCGAAGGCUGUGGUGGUCGCUAAUCCUUUUCGACAAUCGUAUCUCCGAAAUUUCAGGUCACAAGACCACAAUGCUUACUCCCACCUGGGACUGUAGGGUUCCCCUGAACGCGAAUGACUUUGAUAUUCGGCCAGAAAUGAAAAUCUUGCCACAAAGUCACGAUGAACCCACCGAGGCCCUUUUCACUGUCGUCCGCAGCAAAAUGGGCGACUUCAUGCGCCAGAGCGCUUUCCACCUCGACUUUACCAACCCAUCCCUGAAGGUUAUCAUUAAAGAUACUCCGCACGGCGCCGACCCUGAAGGAGACAGAAUGACAGCUUUUGAGAGGAUGAUAGAGAAUCGAUAUCUUAGGUUAUGCAAUCCAGAGAACCCGCUUCACUUCAUGACUAUUUGGACGACGCGUGGCCAGCUUGCCAAGAACCGCCUCUUGGAACAUUAUUCAAAAUAUGCAUCCGUGCAGCAGACAGACGAGCAGCGCGAUAUCGCUAUCUCACACGCUUUAAUUAUCAUCGAGUGCGAUACGAAGCUCAUGACCUCUCCUCUGACGAUAGGGUACCGUUGGCUUACGGACUUUCACUUCCCAUUUCCCGCAUACAUCUAUAUUUUGAAAGACUUGCGGAAGAGACCUACUGUGGAGCAUGCUGAUAGGAUCUGGAGGACUAUGAGCGAUAACUGCGAAGCUCGCUUCAAGGAUAUGCAAAAGGUGAACCCGUUUUUUGAAUUCUUCGCUAAAAUUGUGCUCGAGGCCUGGGAGGCGCGUGAGGCGGUAUUCAGACCAAUAAACAAGCCACUACAGCCACCAUUGAUUGUCUUGAACGUCAAACGAGUGGCGCAGACAACAGGAGGUAUACAACGAAGCGACCUAAAACAGCCCAUAGUCGGAUCGAAUGUGAACACUGACCAUCUGCCAAUGACUAUGCCGAUGGACUUUGGUGCCCAUGACUUGCUCUACAGUACGGAAGGUCAUGACUUUCCGGGGCCGGAUCUUGGGGGCUACCUUGAUAUACCUGGACAGGCGACAAUGGAUGUGGAGGUGAACCAGUCAGACUGGACUACAAUAGAUUGGUAUCCGAUGCAUUCCCAGAACUGGUGA